UGACCCGCCCCGCACAGGCGGGGACCGCCCCGGGGGUGGCGCUGGGGACGCGCCGGGGUCCCGCAGCCCUGCGCGGGUCCCCGGGGCCAUGAAGGUGAAGGUGAUCUCCGUGCUGGAGGACAACUACAUGUACCUGGUGAUCGAGGAGAGCACCCGGCACGCCGUGGCCGUGGACGCCGCGGUCCCCAAGAGGCUGCUGGAGAUCAUCAGGAAGGAGGACGUGGUGCUCAGGGCCAUCCUCACCACCCACCACCACUGGGACCACGCCAGGGGCAAUGAGGAGCUGGCCCAGCUCCUGCCAGGCCUGCAGGUGUUCGGGGCCGACGAGCGCAUCGGGGCCCUCACGCACAGGGUCAGCCACGGCCAGGAGCUCUCGGAGGACCCUGACCCUCUGUCCCCCCAGUUUGGGACCAUCAGGGUGAGGUGUCUCUUCACACCGUGCCACACCUCGGGCCACAUGUGCUACUUCAUGUGGGAGGACGAUUCCCCGGAUGCUCCAGCUCUUUUCUCAGGUGACACCCUGUUCGUGGGGGGCUGCGGGCAGUUCUUCGAGGGCACGGCGGAGCAGAUGCACACCAACCUCACCCAGACCCUGGGGGCUCUGCCCAAGGACACGAAAGUUUUCUGUGGCCACGAAUGCACCGUCAGAAACCUCAAAUUCGCCUUGAAGGUGGAGCCAGAGAAUGAAGUGGUGAAGGAGAAGCUGGCGUGGGCCAAAAGGGAUGACGAGGACCUGCCCACGGUGCCCUCCACGCUGCAGGAGGAGUUCCUGUACAACCCCUUCCUGCGGGUCACGGAGGAGGCCGUGCAGAGGUUCACGGGCAGGACAGACCCCGUGGAGGUGCUGAGGGCUCUGCGCUCCCACAGGGACAACUUCAAGAAGCCCAAGGAGAGGCCCAACCCCCAGGCCAUGCUGGCCUUUGACUGGGGGCUCUUUGGGCCCUUCCUGGAGAAGAAGUGACACCCCCGUGGUGCCAGGGCUCCCUCCUGGCUGGGCCCAGCUCGGGGUGGUCCCAGCUGGGGCUGGAGUUUGUCUUUUAGCUGCUUGUGUGAGGCUGCUCUGCUCUGCUCUGCUCCCCCCUGGCUCCUGGGCUUCCUGUGCAGCUCCUGGAUCCCUUUGGGGGAUCCCAGGCUGUGGGACCCCCUCCCCUUGGGGCUGGGGUGCUGGCAGAGGGUCAGGCUGGGAGCAGGGGACAGUGGUGCCAGUGUUGGGGAGCUGCCAUGGAGGGAGGCUCAGGACUGGGUGCUGUGCCCCACGGAGCCCAGGCUCCCCUGCCAGGCCCUGCAUGCCAGCCCAGGGCUGCUGUGAUGGUGGCCUUGGCACUCCUGGGAGCCCUCCUGGCCCUGCCUGUCCUGCUCCAGCCCCCAGGGCCCCUCUGGCCCAGUCUCCUGGGUGAUGGACACUUGGAUCCCCCCACAGGACACUGGGAGGUCACUGGUGUCACCAGAACCCACCCAGCUCCAGCCCUGUGCUGACAAAUCCCCCUUCACAGCAGGUUUGGGGGGGUUUUCCCCCCCUUUUCCCUAUUUUCCAGUAGGUCCCACAGGGAUUUGUGGCCCAGUGGCUGGAGUGGGGUGUCCAUGUGGAGCCAGGGUCUGCCCCAGGAGGGAUUUCCCAAGGUGGGACAGAGUUUAGGCAGCCAAGAACAAAGUGCUGCCAGGCAUCCCUUGCUUUUUGCUUUUUCCAAGAUAAAAACUGGAAAACACUCGGUGCCAACUCCAUGGACAUUGCCUUGUCAAGAGCCAGGGAGCAGCUGGGGCUCCCAGGCCUCCCCAGCCUUCACUUUGUGCAAAUCCAGGGCUGUGGUUUAUUUAUUUUUGUCUGGGAAAGGAGCAGAGUUUUAUUUGCAGGUGUGGGGAGGCACUUCACACCAGUGAAGUCAUUCCUUUUUUUUUGUGUGUGGAGAAAAUGAAUGUUUGAUGGCAGCUCCCAGCACUGGGACAGAGUUGAUUUCAGGGAUUUUCAUGUGUGGACUGUGAAUUUCUUUGUUGCCACUAGAGUCUGGUUUGGGGCUUCUCCCUGAGCUACAAACCAAGUUUUGGUUUUGUUUUUUUUUUUCCCCUUUUAUUAAGUUAAAGUUUGGAUUUACUUUGCAUGGAAGGGGAAGGAUUUAUCCAGCUGCAAAAGCUCCCUUGGUACCACGGCCUGCAUUCCUCAGUCCCCAUGAUCUGCUGGAUUGUGGAUGUCCCCUCUGGGAUUUUAUUCACCCUGGGUGUGAACCAGCCCUGAGCCUGCUCCACACCCCACAGCUGGGACAAAUUCCAGCUGUUCUGUGCCAGACAGGGAGCCCAGGGUGGCUCAGGGACCUCUGAGUGUGUUGGUGACCUGGGAACUGGGGAGGUGAGUGCAGAGCCCUGGUGAUUUCAUUUCCAGCCAGCUCAGCCUCUGUGCAUUGCUGGGCUGGUGAUCUGAGUCCAGCCUGGAGCCCCUCCCUGGCUCAGCCAAAUCCCUGCAUGGCAAAGGGAAUCCACUGGAAGCAGCUCUUUGCUCCUCAGGAAGGAGGGGAGGGGGCAGCAGGGGGAGGUCGAUGCCUUAGAACACUGUGAGGUCAUGAGUGAUCAGCAACAGCUGAAAAAUGGAAAGCUUUUAAUUAAAAACACGAAAAUUCA